AUGCCGCGCCUUACGCAGUCAACACUCCUGUCCGCUACCGAGUUCCAGCGUUCAAUCGCCCCCACCCUCACUGCGUCAGACCGCGUUACCGCGGCAGCAGCUGGCAUUGGGAAAGGCCUCGAGUCACUUGAGGCCUCCCGCCAGUCUCGUUUAUUGGGGUGUAACUCCGUGAACGAGGUGAUUGCGUGUGUCCCUCCGGACUAUCGCAACGUAUUACGGGCUCCCUUAGUGGAGAUCGCCACCUCGAGCCGUAAGCUCGGUGACGCCCGUCAGCGGCUUUCUAAGCUGCUGGUGUGCUUUAGCACCGAUACGAUCCCUCCGAACCUCCGUCAGGGGGUUCCGGCCGUGCAGUUCACGGCCGAGUUCCUAGCCACCGAAGCCGGCUCGCUCGCUCGCAAGAGCGUUGCUGAUGCCCAUGCGUCCUACCUCAAGGCGCAGCUUCAGAUCCAGAUCGACGCUGCUCACGCGGAGAUCAGGUGGCGGGAGCUCUCUCUCACUCCGGAACGCCUAUACUCUGGCGACGCGUCAAACAACUCGUCAGACAGGGGGCUCAAAGGCUUCAUCAUCGACCGCUACGCCGUGCUUAAAACCACGAUGAAGCUGCCAGUCGAGUCCUCAACUGAGGGCUCCAUGCAAGUCGACACCAUCCGGUGGGAGGUUCCUCCCGUCGUCCAUGACAUCUACCUCGAGAUGCUCAGGGACGUUAUCUUCUACGCGCACCGUAUCAUCUUGAUUCAGGAGGCGUUACAGGCGCAGUCGCAAGCUGUCGUCGAGAAGAAACGCGCGGUCGUCCAGGCCGCCAAGGAGAAAGCCAGCAACGGCGGGACCUCUGGUCCCGCAGGUUCUUCGUCCACGGCUGUUACGCAGUCAACCAUGGACAAGAAGUUAGACAAGCUGAAGAAGGAGUUGCAGGGCGGGGCGAAAGCCAAGAAGGCAAGGAGCAAGCGUCAGAAGAAAACUUCUUCGACGUUGAAUACGCCGGCAGCCACCCCGACGAUCCCCCCUCCCGCACGUGCAGCGAGGGCCAAGUAUUCGGCGACGAAGGCCAAGAAACCCAAGGCCAACAAGCCCUCCGGCGGCAACGGAGGCAGGAAGGCGGGCGGUCAGCCCGCGUCGAAGUAA